GACGUGGUAAGGCAUGUUAGACCUCCUUAAUCCUUCUUUUUAAUCAUCACGUCUAAGUCUUCAUCUUCUUCUUAAAGCUGACUAGAAGAAAACUUAGUUGUAUCUUUUUCAUUUCGACGUAUAUAUGUACUAUAUCUGUGAAUAUGGAGAACAACAAAGAGGUGAAGAACAUAGCCGAUCAUCAAGAGCAACAUCCUGUCGAAGCUCCUCCGCCCCAAGAAUAUCCUCCUAACAAGAAGUACCCUAUAGCUGAUAACCCGCUGCAACCACCAGAAUCACAGCGGAUACCAGUAGAGGGAAUAGAAGAAGAGAAGAAAACAAGCUCAGAAAUGGACCUAGCUUCGGGCGAGAAGCCCGAAGAAUGGUGCUGCGAAUGGUGUCAUGCUUUGAUUAUUGCGACAAACAAUAUGAAAGAUGUUGCCGCAGUACACCAUGUUUCUUUAUCUGCAUGUGCAUGGUGGUAGUCAUCUGUAUUUGCAUGGAUUGCUGUCGCUGUCGUCUCUAGCUAUAAGUAAUGAAAUUUAUGCAAAAAAAAAAAGAAUUCUCUUGUUCAAGUUUUUGUGUAUGCUCGUAUCUUGUUUCGCGACGAGUAAUGACUUUAUAUC